AUGGCUGCGUCAUCAGCAGUCACAACACUGUGUGAGAAUCCAAAUGAAGUCUUCCUAGACGUCGCCAAAUUGUUACUUACGUACGCGGACAAUAUUUUGAGGAACCCCAAUGAGGAAAAGUACAGAUCAAUCCGUAUAGGCAAUCCCACUUUCUCCACCAAGCUGCUGCCUAUCAAAGGAGCAGUGGAAUGCCUCUUUGAGAUGGGAUUUGAGGAGGCAGAGACACAUUUGGUGUUCCCCAAGUCUGCAUCAGUGGACCAACUGAAGCGCAUCAGGGAAUCCAUUGCAGCAGAGAGAGAUCAGAGGCUGCGUGGAGGGCAGCCUGUCCAGCCUGUCAUUCAAGCUGCAACAACCUCAGGGUCACCUCCAGCUCCAGAAAGCUCAGGUGCCUCCAGCCUACCUAUAGCACCUCCUCCACCACAGCCAUCAUCUUUGGAGAGCAGUAUGAGCUUCUUUGUGACCCUCCAGUCUAAUUUCCAACAUGUAAUGCUGUAUGAAAACCCUGGGCUGCAGCAAGAAGCAAAGAGGCACAUCCCUCACCAGCAGCUGUCCUCUGCUGCUGAAAAGAAGUUAAAGGAGGCAAAAGAAGCCGACCCAGAAUGUAAACUUGGAAAGGAGGAAUUUUUGGUGCUGGAGCUGCUCAGGUGGUUCAAACAGGACUUCUUCUCCUGGGUUGACUGUCUGCCCUGCGGCCGUUGUGGAGGCCCAACCCAGAAUGCUGGCUCCCUCAGUCCAAGCACCGAUGAUCUGCGCUGGGGAGGUCAGAGAGUGGAAAACCACUACUGUGAAAGCUGCAAGCUCUCUACCAGAUUCCCCAGGUACAACAAUCCUGAGAAGCUGCUGGAAACCAGGAGGGGGCGCUGUGGAGAGUGGGCUAACUGUUUCACACUGUGUUGCAGAGCCAUGGGCCUUGAGGCCAGGUAUAUCUGGGAUAGCACAGACCAUGUUUGGACAGAGAUUUAUUCAGCCUCUCAGCGCCGCUGGCUUCAUUGUGACUCGUGUGAAAAUGUCUGUGAUAAGCCUCUGCUGUAUGAAGUUGGCUGGGGAAAGAAAUUGGCUUACAUACUUGCAUUCUCUAAGGACCAGGUGGUUGAUGUGACCUGGAGAUAUUCUUGCAAACAUCCAGAGGUUUUAUCACGACGGACCAGGGUUCAGGAGGCCUGGCUGUUGCACACCAUCAGCAAUCUCAAUGCAGCUAGGCAGCAGUCUCUGAGUCCUCAGAGAAAGAAGGAGCUGACUGAGAGGCUGCUUGUUGAGCUGGUGGAAUUCAUCUCUCCCAAAAAAGCUAAACCUGGGGAUCUGGGUGGACGCAACUCUGGGUCUUUGGCCUGGAGGAUAGCAAGAGGGGAGACCAAAGGGACCGAUACGGCAACCACCACACAGACAACAGGUUAUGUGUUUACUCCCACUGAGAAAGAGAAGAGUGAUAAGUUCCUUCAUGUGCGCUACAGUGCCUCCAAAGACCAAUACUGUCGAGUUUCCAACAGCUGUGAGGUCAUUCACAGCUGGGAUAAUUGUGUAUGGAAAAAGGAGUCAGUCUUUAGAAAGGUGGAGAAUGACUGGCAGAUGGUGUACAUUGCUCGAACAGAGGAAUCUUCUUCUGGAAGAAUCAGCUGGAAGUGUGACUUUUCUCCAGUGGGAAUGAAGAUAAAAUCUGCUACAAUCAUGGCCAAUAGCCAGACCUUCCACUCGGGUAAAGUCUGCUGGAGUCUGCAAUCAGGCCAGUCUACUACAGAGUUCUCAGGAGAUGGCAAGAUGCAGCUGUUCCCGAAUCUCUCUGGAUCAUCAGAGUUCAUCAUUGUAGCAGAACUCAGCGGUGGCGAAGGGGACGCAUCAUGGCAGCAUGCUCAACUCUUCAGACAGAGUUUGAAGGAGACAGAGGAGUCUUCAUUUGAAAUCCUCAUUCAUUUAGAAGAUGCUUAACACCUACUUUACUCAUAUACACUAGAGCCCUGAUUUUAUUUUGUAAUUUUUUUUAAUGUUGAGCUCUCUAUUUCAGCAUUUGACAACACUUUGGCAGGUGUACGGUCCACGAUGACACAAUGUACAGUGGUGUGCAAAAGUCUUAUAUACACUUUAAUUUUGUUUUUUCUGUAGGGUUUUAAGGAGCAUUCAUAUUUCUUUCUCAGUCUCUUCCACAGAGGCACAAUAAAAUGCAGGAGAUAUGUGCAUGAUAUUAAAAACAUGCAAAAAAUCAGACCUAAAUGGCCCCGACAGGCUAAAAUCUGUACAUAAUAUGACUUUAUGUUUAACAGUAACAAACAUCUAAUGUGUUGAAUGAAUCCUGGUGGAAAAUUAAUGUACUAAAUCUCAUAUUGUCUGAACAACAAAGUUAGCUACGUUAAAUGAGGGAGGUCACAUUAAACACUUUACAUUUGGAAGAAUCUUUUGUUCCUGAAACUUUUGUGUUUACUACUAUGUGUAUUUCCUGGUUGUAUUAUAAUACAGAGACUGAGAAUUGCAUAUGUACGCUUAUUAUCAUGCCGCUAUAACAGUAAACCUAAUGGUGGCCUAAGACUUUUGCACAGUACAGUAUUUUGACAAUUGAGUGCAGUAACUAUAUUUGUUUUAGUCCUAAACAUAUCUUACAGGGUACAGAUCAUUGUUUAUCAUUUUAAACUUGAUUUUACUAAGGGCCAAAUGAACUAUAAAACAUGCAGUGCUGUAAGAAAAAAAGCCAUAGAGUUUUACAUAAUGUUUGCCUCCACUGUGGAUGUAUCUUAAUUUUUUUGAUGCAUGGAUAUUCCACACUGUAAACAGGGGCAGUUGGGCUCUGGUUGAGCCAACUCUCCUGUUAUGUAAAUGUUUGUGUGUUACUGGGCUAAAGACCUGAGUAGUUAUUAUAUUCAUGUGUAUAAUUAUCAAUGGAGCAAAUUGCUAUCCCUGUUGGUGUAAUUGAAAGGGCUGAAUGUCUGUAAUGUGUGGUGUAUUAAAGGUAUUUUUGCAGUCUG